AUGCCAGCUUUCCAAGGUGGCAUUUUUGGGGGCUCAAACCCUUUCCGCUCUGGCGGUGGUCGUACGGGUGGCGGUGGAGGCCGACCAAGCCAGCCUCAACCGAACCCGUAUGAGGAUUACGACAACUCGCCUCCCAUGAUGGGUGGCAUGCGCAGCCCAGGUCCCACGUACGGCGGCGGAAUGGGCAGUCCCAUGACAGGCGGCCAGACACACUCCUACUCCACAUACCAAGACUCGGACGGCAACAGACACGAAGAAGGUUACGGUCCAGGCGGUCCCUUCAGCAACUCCGCCCGUGGAGGAAUGGGCAUGAGCCAAGGUCCACCACCACAAGGACGCCCACACCCAGGAAGUCUCCUAGGCGGCCGAAACACCGGACCAGGCGCUUUCUCCUCCUCCUUCUGGAGCGGCCCCAACCCCUUCCGCAGCAACGGCGCCAACGGCCCUCCAAACGGGCGCAGCGGACCCAACACCGGACCCCGCGACCCUUCCUUCAGAAUGGAAGUCGAACCAGCACCCAUGCCCCCGUCCAACGGUCUCACAAGCGAAACCUCCGAACUCAUCGCCGACUUCCUGGCCGAGCAAACACAGCCCUUAGGCGGACCCAUCACACCCCCAAAUGCAGAAUGUCCGAUUUGUCUGGAGCCGCCCAGCGCGUCGCAUUUGUGUGUUCAGAUUAAGAAUAUUCCUGGGUGUAAUCAUCUUAUUGGGAGGGAGUGUCUGAAAGAGAUGUUGGUGAAUCGGCCGGAUGAUGCGAAGAAGUGUCCGAUUUGUAGGGCGGAGUUUCUGGCGGAAGAUGGGAUUUGGCAGGAUUCGGAGCAGUUUCAGCAGUUGGGACGGGGUGGUCCGGCUGGGUAUGGGGGUGGACCUCCUCCUGGGUAUGGCGGUGGGAUGUCGCCGAGACCUGCUGGAUAUGGUGGUGGUGGACCUCCUCAUGCUCCUCAGAUGCCUCCACAAGCACCUCGUCCAAUGCCUCAGCCAACACCUCGUCCGACACCUCGUCCAGCACCACCCAGUUAUGCCAGUGCAGCUGCUUCACCAGCGCCUCGAGGUCCCCCAAGCUACAUGGCAACACCUCGUCCACCUCCAACACCUCGUGCUGCUCCCGGACCUAGUCCCCACGCCGCUCCCCCAGGUCUUCGCAACGCGAUGCGCGGUGGAGCCAGAGUUCAUGGCAUGGGCGACGUUGGUAGAGGACGGGGCAACGAGCAAGACGACGACGGUGGCAUGCAAGGUGGUCCCCCAAUGAUGAAUCAGGACAGAUGGCCGCCUGAGCCACGUGAACCCGAGACCAACUUCGGUGGCCGUGGUCAACAGCUUGGCUAUAUGGACGAACGGCAGCUUUGGUAG